CCUUCGGAAGAAGAAAGGGAAAGAGAAGAAUUUGAAAAAAAUUAUUUCGCCGCACGUUCACAAAUUCAAGAAAUUAUAAAUAAGAACAAACGUCGCAAUGCAUCGGGUGACGAUGCUUCACUUGAUUUAUCAGCGUCGUAUCCACGAGCACGUCUAGCUCCGAUCGAUUUACCGAAGUUCAACGGAAAUAUACAAGAAUGGGAAGCUUUCUUCGACAGUUUUAAGGUGAUGGUGCACGACCAAGACAGCUAUUCACCGGCCCAUAAGUUUCACUACCUUCGUUCAACAUUAAGUGGACAAGCACUGGACUUGAUAAAGCCUCUACCAAUGACGGACGCGAACUAUGGAUUAGCAAUACAAAAACUUCAGGAGCGGUACGAUAACAAAAGUUUAGUAAUUCAAACACAUAUUCGGGAGAUUAUGAACAGUCCUCGAAUACAGUCUGCCUCAGCUCAAGAACUAUCAAGACUACAAUCACAUAUCACUGCACACUUGGCAGCACUAGAGGCAUUAAGAAUGCCUAUUGAACAUUGGGACGCAUGGCUGGUAACUAUUUUAGUGGAAAGAAUGGACGGAGCAUCCAGCCAUGAAUGGCAGCUACGACAAAGAACUACAGAGUUACCCAGGUAUAAGGACGUGAUGGCAUUUUUGGCAAGUCGCAAUAUCGCCUUUGAAAGCUCGGAAGCAUUAUCAAGUAGGGUAAAUGAAAUCAACCACUCAUCAAAAAAGGCAAGCCAAGGGGGCACUAGCAAAAAGAUAACUUUAGCAGCGUCAUCAGAAUCAAAUCGUGACAAGUGUAGCCUGUGUGAAGGAUCACAUAGACUAUAUGCUUGUUUGAAGUUUAAGCAACUAUCCGUGUCAGAUCGCUUUAAUCAUGUGCGUGGGAGACGCUUAUGUUUUAAUUGUCUGGCGCCAUUCCACAUGUCGGAUGCGUGUCGUUCUAAGUACUCUUGUCAAAAAUGUAGAAAACCUCAUAAUACGCUACUACACUUUGAAGGUAAUGCUAGGGACGCUUCAGCUGCAGCUACCGUUCUACAUGAUAACGAAGGCGAAGGUGAUGCGAAGGAAGUUGCCAAUGCAGAUCAAGUGUCGUUACUAAUAAAUCACAAUAAGGGGCAUGUGUUUCUAUCGACCGCGGUUAUGUUAGCAACUGAUAAAUUUGGCAAUUCCCGUCAAUGUCGAACUAUAUUGGACAGUGGGUCCCAG